AGAUCUGAAACUCGCUUGAGCUCAAUCAAUCGUUCUCAUUUGUUCUUAACAUGCAUAAUUAUAAACAACAGAUGGAGAAAUGCUCAGAUAAAGCCAAAAGGAGUGGGUGGGGGAAAAUCACCCUGAUGGUGGAUGUUUUCACUUGGAUGUGAACCAGCCUUACACCCCUUGGUCUUUCAGGUUUCAGCCUCGGCGGUUCAGCAGCUGGGCAGUGCACAAUGAAAGCACCAGCCCAGGAGCCCACGGAGCCCCUGGGCCAGCCAGGCGCCUGAGACUGGCAGCAGUGCCACACCAGGCUGGUCUCUGCUGCAGACAGCUGGGAGAAGCUUUUCAUCAGGAGAAGGCACCAAAGUGAUGGGCUGAACUUAUGGGAGGAAUGAGUGUCUGGCCAGGCGAAGAUUUGGAGGCCUGUUGGGAAGCGUGAAGGGCCAGUUUCAGUAAGGGCAUGGCCAAAGCUUUCUUCAGGCUACAGAAGUUUCUCCGUCGGAUCCAGUUUCUGCUCUUCUUCCUCACAGCAGCUUACCUGAUGGCUGGCAGUCUCCUGCUACUGCAGCGGACCCGCUUGGUUCUCCAGCAAGGUUCGCGUGGGACCCCCAGUAACCAGGCCCUGCCGGUGCUGGAGGGGAUGAGCAGGGUCGGGAUCACAGAGCCCAGGGCCCUGCAGAACCCCCGGCCCGGCCCCAGGCUGCUGGUGGGCAUGGAUGCGCUGCAGGAGCCGGCCCUGGACCAGCGGCACAGCCCGCACUGGCUCAUGUCCCGCAACUCGGAGCUCAGGCAGCUGAGGAGAAGGUGGUUCCACAGGCUCACCAGCGACCAGGAGCCCCUGCAGACAGCAGGGUUUAAAGCAAUGAAGCGCACUGCUGAGCACAAAGGCACCUACAUGGGCUGCUUCACUCACGAUUCGAGGGAGAGGACACUGAAGGGAGCUGUCUUUUAUGACUUAAGAAAAAUGACAGUAGGUCACUGUCAGGAAGCUUGUGCUGAGAGAGCUUACAGCUACGCGGGCCUGGCAUUCGGAACAGAGUGCUACUGUGGGAACACACGGCCAGCUGCUGCCGCCAAGCCCGAGGAGUGCAGCAGCGAGUGCAAGGGCGAGAAGGGCUCCGUGUGCGGAGGGGUGAACCGGCUCUCGGUCUACAGCGUGGAGCAGCUGCGGGCAGGAGCCAGGCCACGGAGGAAUGUUAUUUAUCGAGGAUGUUUUAGAGCUCCAGAAAAUUUAACAGACACCUUUCCAGCCUCUUUGAUACAGCCCAAUUUGACGGUGGAGAUGUGCUCUGAAUUUUGCUCCAAGAAAGAGUUCCCGCUGGCAGUGAUCCGAGGGCAGGAAUGCUACUGUGGAUACCCCACCAGGCGCUUCUCGCUGCGCGAGGGCAUGGACGGGCGGCGCUGCAGCGGGAGCCACAACACCAGCAGUGCUGCUGGGGGAGACUACUGCCUGGUCUAUCAGACCCCUGUGCAAGACACCCGCUGCACAGACAGGAAAUUCUUAACCACUAAAUCCAAAGUGUUUGUUGCUUUGUCAAGCUUUCCUGGGGCUGGGAAUACAUGGGCACGCCAUCUGAUAGAGCACGCCACAGGAUACUACACAGGAAGUUAUUACUUUGAUGGAACCCUCUACAACAAAGGUUUCAAAGGAGAAAAAGACCACUGGAGAAGUAGAAGGACCAUCUGUGUGAAAACACACGAAAGUGGCAAGACAGAGAUUGAAAUGUUCGACUCGGCGAUCCUGUUGAUUAGGAACCCGUACAAAUCACUGAUGGCAGAGUUCAACAGAAAAUAUGCUGGGCAUCUGGGCUAUGCCACUGACCGCAACUGGAAGAGCAAAGAGUGGCCGGACUUCGUGAACAGCUAUGCCUCCUGGUGGGCCUCCCAUGUCCUGGAGUGGCUGAAGUAUGGGAAGCGCCUGCUCGUUGUCCAUUAUGAGGACCUGAAGCAGAGCCUCAUCCCCAAGCUGAAGGAGAUGGUGGAGUUUCUGAAUGUGACAGUGACAGAGGACCGGCUGCUCUGUGUAGAGAACAACAGGGACGGGAAUUUCAAGCGGUCUGGUGCUAAGCAAAAGAAUUUUGAGCCAUUCACCCAGGAAAUGAAAGAUCUUAUCAACAGAUACAUCCUGACAGUGGAUGAAGCCCUAAAGGGAAGAAACUUCUCAGGGCUGCCCAGGGAGUAUGUGCCAAGAUGAUAGGCUGGUAUCAAGCUGCUGUGGUUAGAAAUGAAGUUAUUUUUUUUCUUAAAAAAACAGAAAAAAAGCCCAAACAAAAAAAAACACAAAGAAGAAAAGCAAAAAAAACCCCAAAAAAACCCCCAAAAAACCAAAAACAAACCAAACAAACAAACACUGAAGACCAGAUCUCUUUAGCAGUUAUGGCAAAGAUACUUGUGGAGGCUGCUGAGAAGUGCAGCAGUUGGGAAUGCCUGGGUUUUGUCAGCCCCAAACAGCCCCAAACCUGGCUCCAGGGGCACGGAGGAGACCCCAGAGGGGUGGCAGAGAAGGGAGUGCCCCCUGUGCUAGGGGCUUGAUACGGGCUUCUGCACCUACCUCUCUUCAUCUGGAGAGUCAUGGUGGGUCUAGGGGGACACCAGGGCCAAAUGUCACCACAGCUGGUUCUAGAAAUGGUCAGCUGGGAAGAUCUGGAGAAUAGGGGCAAAGGGGGUAAACCCCAGUCCUUCUGGCCCCGGCAGGGGUAGGAUCACACCUCCUACCUCAUCCCUUAAGUCCCUGGAGGAACUCCAAGGCAGUCCAACCUGGAAAACCACAGCUACUUAGAGCUGCGCUCUGGAGCCCCCUCCAUCAGCCAUACAGGUUUGAUUUUUAACUCCUGCAGUCACCUUGGGUGUGUUUGACCCUGCAGGGGGCCCGUGUGCUGUGGGGAGAGAACAGGGGCACCCAGGGCUGGCAAGGCAGCUGGCCCCAUGGUCCUGGUCCACUGGGCAGCUUGAAGGUGGUUAAUCCCUGUGGCCAAAGGAGCUUGCCCUGCUGCAAGACACUUCUGUUCAUGUGAAGUAAAGGAUUUCUUAAAAAUUUGAGUGAAAAUACUAAUUUUAAUAAAACAAGUUUAUAUAAAGGGAACUGAACUUCCUUUGCCUGUGUAUCAUUGGUGCUUUAAAAACAAUACAGGACAUGGAGUACCCUUCAACCCAAGCCUCUCCCUGUUUACACCCCACACAUGGCUCAUCUCUGUGCCACCUGCCUGGUAUGGGGCUUGUUGUGGGGCUGUCACAUCCCCGUCCCUAAGGCUCAGUGCCUUCCUUAGCAGUAAGGGUCGCACAGGCCACAAAACUGUGAGGGAUUGCAGUGGACUGAGCUGGUUCACAAGGAAAACAGGAAUUCUUUUUGUUUAUGCAAGGGAUACAGCUCAAAAAACCCAACUCAGUUUGGGUGCUGUAAGCCCAGAUAAAAAUAAGUGGUGAGACCCUGAGGUGCCUGCGCAGGGUGGCACAGCUCUCCCUGGGACACCAUGCAGCCCCCGCACAGGAACACAGCUCACACACACCCGCACUCCAAGGAAAAAAACCCAAAUAAUAUUGUGCCAGUACCAAACACCACAGACAGUACAGAACCAUUCCCAUAAAGCAGAUAAGUAUGGAUGCUACAGAACAGGACUAUCACCAUCUCUACUCCGACUUAGUAAAGAACUGAUCCUUUUGGAAAUUAUGCAUUAAAGGUCUUCCAAGUUUUAUUUCGUCAGCAGUUGCUGUUGAUGGAUGUGUGUCACAAGCUCUUAAAAGUACUGAUAACAGAAAUAAUUUCAUCCAAUGAACCACAGUGGAGAGACCUUUCCAGGUCUGUUCUGCACCGGUGGGGUGGGUUGGAAGCAAACUGCAUUAUCUGGAGCAGUUGCUGCAGUCACACAGUGACUGGAUUAUGAGAGCUUAUCCCGAAGGCAAAACAGACGAUCA